AUGUACGAUGAUGAAGGACUUUCAACUAAAUCCUCAGUAGAUGCGAUUCACUUGAAUUCUACGUUAAAAAAAAGAGUAUCUGUACUGGAUAAGGAUGCACACAUAGAAUAUUUGAUUAAACAAAUGAAUAAACCCUUAAACAUAGGAUAUACUUCGUUAGUUCCAUGGGUGUCUUCCUGGAUUGCAAAUGCCCUUUAUGUUAUACUGGGUAGAGAAGAGUUCUAUGCAUCAUUAAACCAUAAACUGUCAAAGUUGCAUGACAUUGCCUUGCAGAUAGUGGGGCUACAACAGAGCAAUUCAGGAAUAUCUCCGGAUCGCAGCCAACUCCCUAACUUAGGAUGCACGUACGCAGGACUAGUCUUCUUGAAGGUAAUGAAAAAAGACCAUAUGCUUGAUAGAGAUGGAAUAAUCAAGUUUAUAACAGAAAUGAAAGUGAAAAAUGGAUUUACAAUGUAUUCAGAUGGCGAAAUAGACCCCAGGUCAAUUUAUUGUGCAGUUGCAACAUACUCCAUCUUGCAUUCAGACACAAUCUCGGAAGAUUCACAGUUCAAUCCGCUUUCAACACCAGAGGGAAAAGAGCUAUUUGGUGACACAGUUGAGAUAUUGAAAAGCCUCCAAACAUACGAAGGCGGGUUUGCUGCGGCCCCUGGGGAAGAGGCGCAUGCAGGAUACUCUUAUUGCGUGAUUGCAGCAUUAAAAAUACUUGGGGUGGAUGUAUCUGAGGAUAGCCUAUUGCGAAAUUGGCUGCUACAGAGGCAGGAUGAAAUUAACAAGGGAUUUACUGGGCGCACGAAUAAGACAUCAGAUUCUUGCUAUAAUUUCUGGGUAGGCGCAUCAUACAGGAUGCUUGGUUUGGGAAUUAUUUCCAAUUCUGGGCUAGCUGAAUAUACAUUCUGCAAUUGCCAGGACGAGAAUGGGGGUGUAAAGAACAUUCCUGAAUCACAUGCAGAUGUUUACCACACGGCUUAUGCCUUAAUUGGUCUAUACAUUGUGAAUGAAAAUGACUUUAAUUAUGUACUUGGGAUGCCCGUGUAG